GCCCGCGACACUGUCCGACACGGUUCUCCGUCAUUGAUGGCGAAAGCAAUCAGAUAAAACUUCAAUAGCCAUGGAGCCAGGAUACCCCGAUGGCAGCGAGCAGGAUGUCUACGUACAGCAAAGGAAACAGGAUUGUCUCCUGCGAAUACACAACUCUACUGGCUCUGCUGAACACUGUCCCCGGGUGUGGGACGGGAUGUUGUGUUGGCCCCCAGCUAGACCUGGGACUGUCAUUACCCUCCCAUGUCCAUCGUACAUCGUCGGCUUCAACCCCCAGAGAGUCGCCACCAAGGUUUGCACGGAGGCGGGAGAUUGGUUCUUCAACAGUGGUACCAACGCUACAUAG